UCUAAUGAAAAGCUUUUAUUAACUUUGCUUCACUUAUAUAUUAUAUAUUUUUAUACUCUUUUGAACUUAUUCAAACAGUUAUCUACGUGCGAUUUAAAGAGUGACAAAUGUUUUAGUGUUUUGUGGUGUUUUAGGUUAUAUAUAAUAAAGUCAACAUGGAAUUUUAUAAUGGAAACAGUUAUAUUUUAAGAACUGAAGUAAUUGUGCCUCCAACUUAUCUAAAGGAACUUUUUGUUGAUGAAGAUAGUAUAAUCUUGGCUUAUGAUAAGAGAGACGUUCCUGAUGAAAAUGGAGUAAGUUCUCCCGUUGACAAUAUUAAACAAGAAAUUGCUAACAAUACUACAAGCGAUUUAACUGGUGAUCCUUUGAAAGUGGAUUUAGAUGGAGACGAAUCUUUUGGAUCUUAUGUUCAUUCGGAAAAACCAAAUCAUUGGAGUGCUGAGGAAUCUCAUCACUUUCCAUUAAGUCUUAAAAUAGCCAGAGAAUUUUUAAAUCGACAGAAUUGUCUUAAGAAGUGCGAGGAAGAGAAUCAAAAACCAAUAUAUGUUGUAUGUGAUGGAAAAAAUGUUUUACAUACAGUCUUGAUAGGGUCACAGAAAUGCAAUAAAUUUAUAAUGACAACUUUAGUCAAUGUAGUUGGAUGCUAUUCAAAGGACCAUGAAGUAACAUCUUUAGAAGCUAUGGAAAUCGAUCAUGUUAAAAAUACUAGGAUUAAAAAUCCCAAAGUGGAUUAUUUAGUGAAAUUCAAAUAUUUUUUGUAUGGAAGUGUGCUGCAGACUUUUAAGAAUGUUAACCAAUCCGAAUAUCAUGGAAAUGUAUCGGUUGAAGUUACCUGUAAUAGAUGCGUAUUUAAUGUUCCGCAGAGUCCUUCUAAUAUGAAAAUGAUUUUACAAAUUAUAGCUGGACAUAAUCUUUCUUCAGUGUACUUCUUGUGGGAGGAAUUAACCUUACUACAAACGUAUUUAGAUAUUUUAUCCGACUCUGAUAAAUGUAAUGAUGAAAUCACCAUUAUAUCGAAUAACCCCCUUCAAGAGUCAGAUAUUUAUAAAAGUAUUAAUAAUAUCAUAGCUACAAAUUUGCUUAAGCGGGAAGCUAAAAUGAAAUUUGAUUUGAAACAUAUUCGCCAGGAGCAAAUUUUAGAUAAAUUGUGGAGUAUAUUAAAAGAAUCUGAAAAUUUGUCAGUUUUGAGAGAUAGUUUGCAUUACUUUUUUGAAGAAUUGGUUGAAGCCGAAACAAAUAUUAAAAUUCCAGAAAAUGACAAGUCAAAUAUUGCAACACUUAUAAAUGGAAUACUUAAUGGAAAAUUAGCUGUUCCAACACUUACUUUCUCACAAGCGCUUGAAUGCCUAUUUGAACUGGGAGCUGAAAAAUUAAAAAACGAUUACCAAGCUAUAUUAAAAAAUUUUUACUCAUCGUCUGAGCAAGCUAUAUUUUUAAAAUGGAGCAAAUUUAAAAGUGGAGAAUUAACAUCACAGAGUGGGUAUCGUAAAACGAGGAUUACUGUAAAUUUGAAAUCAGGGGUAAUGGACUUGAAUCAAUACGUAUCCAAAUUGGCAUACCUUGGUAAACUUCACAUUGCGACAGAAUUAACAUUUUUAAUAAAAGACCAAGCAAAUUUACCUGAAGAAACAUUUGAUUAUUUUUGUGAACGAGUUUAUAAAAAUUAUGUAGAUAAAGAUACAGCACCACAUAAUUUUAUAGAUUUGCAAACCCGUCCGCUUUGUGAAUUUUCGAUUGUUCUUAAUUCAGCUGAUACCAACAUUAUAAAAAGCGAAACGCCAGCUGCGUGGGCAAUGCAGAUGACUUCCAAAGUUGGUAGUGUUGAAAUAACAACGACUUAUCAUUUAUCAGAAUACCCAAUAUUUCCAACUGUGAUAUAUGAUGAUUACGAUCCUGGCAAUAUCACUGACGAACACAAAAUGGUAUAUUAUGUCUCCAAACUGUUAAGCCACAAGGAAUUUCUAUAGUAUUAGUUCUUAAUGUUAAAUGACUCAUCACUGAACUAUAAAACAGGGUUUCAGAGAAAACAAAUAAAUCAAUGAAAUUACAGGGUGUUAAAUAAGUACUUUGGCAAACUUUAAAGUGUGAUUUUUUGGGUGAUUUUAUACCAACUAUUAUAUUAUAUGGGCCCACAAAUCAAUAGGGUGUCAAGAUUUAAAAAAGAAAUCACCUUUUUUAAAAAAAUCUUAUAGAAUAGAAAGUUAUGAAACAUAGGCUAAUGAUUUAGCUAAUUUAAAGGUAAAGAUUCACUGAUUUCAUAUGCAAAACCUCAGAAGUUUGACACCACUGGAUAUUUUGAAAAUUUUGUCACUUCUUUCAACUUCUUUUAAUGUUUCCAAGAAAAAUAUAUUUCACUUUAUUCUAAAAACUAACCAUUUUUGAUUUAUAUAUUUUUUUAAACAUUUAUUAACAUUACCAAGCACUUCAUUAAAGUUUAACAUACCUGUAAGUUUAGAACUACUUGCUUCGCGAAAAAGUGCAAUGAUGUCUUUUUUCUAAAUAUACGAUUUUAAACACAACAUAUUUAUGAAGUUCAAGAAAAUAAUUGGUGGAAUAUUUUUUGCUUUUUUAAAGAUGUGUCAUAAUUUGUCUGUUCUUAAAUUUAUGCCUCUAAAAUUUUUUUAUAAUUAUCUACGAUUUUGUGGUAUGUUCGAUUAAUGUUAAUGAAAAUUAAAAAAAGUAAUAAAUCAAAAAUGGAUAAUUUUUUAAAGAAAA